AUGUCGCAACCAUACCAGUUCAUCCAGAAUGAGGAAAGGUGGGCCUCGAGAUUUAGAACGGAAGAGAUGAAGUAUCUGCAAAACAUGGGAUCGGCAAAGCAGGCGACAUCGGGCAGCGUAUGCGAUCGAACCCACCUCUUCGCAUUCCAUGCGAUUAUCAAGCAAAGAGGAUAUGAAGUCCUUCCAGUUUUGAAGGCUGCGACAGCGGUCGAGAUUUAUGACCAUAAUGGUCAGAUAACUAAAUUUAUCAACGGUGAUGGUCAGAAGAACGAAGGCCUAGAGCACCAGCUAUCGCAAACAUUGGGUGCCAGUCUAGGCCUAGUAUGGUCUUCCCUGCAACGAACGAAAGAACGAAGAAAUGCCCAGGCUGAUCCUCAACAAUUCUCUCGGCCGUUGUCAAAGCGGCAACAACAGAUGCCCAAUCCUGACUAUAACCCGGCACCCGCAAGCUCACCAGGCAGUGCUUCAGGAAGCACAUCGGGAAGCACAUCGGGUAGCGUGACUGGCAGUACUGGGUCAUCCUCAACGGGAUCCGAUCAAUCCUUCGCUGAAGGAGUGAAGCAAUCCGACCUCCAGAGCGAGGACUACACCGUGCGACUCAUCACCAGUGUCUUACGGCACAUCUUACACAAUGCCCAGCGUCCCAAUGCUCUCGAAGCUCUCGAAUACCGAGAGAAGGAGACACUGACCUUGACGACCACUGCUUCUGGGAAGUUCGUGGCUACUGAUGACGGCGGACUUCGCCACCGGACCCGAAAGGCCAGAGGUGUCACGACGGCCAACUUCUUUGCGCUUGUAGAAGCGAAGAAGGCGCUCUACAAAGACAAGAACGGUAUUCCUUUCUUUCGGGAUGAAGUCCUGGCUCAAAUCUCAUGCGAGGCGAUAUUGGCCAAGAUUUCCGAACCUGAUAACGUGUGUGGUGAUAGUGUCGUUGUGAUACAUGCCGCGUGCCAUCAUGUUUGUUUUGUGGAAUUCAACAUGUCAGAGGCUUAUGGUGUUGACUUCAGGAAAGGCCGAACUCCUGCUGACCCCCUCAACAUUCACAUGUCCAAGUGGUUCGACAUUGCGACCCGAGACGGGAGACUGGGUAUUGUGAAGAACAUGCAAGGGUUGAUCAACAAGUCUUUGGAAUAA